GCAGCCAAGUGAUUGAAGAUGGCUGAGUAUUAUAGAUCAUCCCGUGCGAAAUGAAUAUUCAUUUUUGAAGGGUCAAGUUAUCAUUUGACAUUCCUCUCGCCUGUUCUAAUCCCAUCUAGACUGGACUGCACAGUAAAGGCUUCACGGUUAUCACUCCACCUACUUCAUCUAAUACGUCUACCGGUAUUGCUUUUCAAUACUUUCCUUUGAUUUCCUACCACUUUUUUUUGGCACAAUUUGAAGUUUCCCUCACAAGACUAUCUUCAAGGUUACAAUAAGCAUCUUCAAAAUACGAAAUACGAUAUACGAUAUUCGUUGUCCCACCAAAUCGAUUCUGAUCCCUAUCUUUGUGCAUACACGUUGUGGAUGUGGAUGUGGAUGUGGAUUGCAUUAAUUUCCCCUUUCACUUCCAGGUCUACUUUUUACCACUACUAGUAGUCAAAUUUAUUAAUUAAUUUCUAUUUCACUUGAUCAUUCUUCAACCAAAAACAUCUUUUGCUUCGAUUUGGAAACAGUCUGCAACGCCAACAUUACCUACCUACCUACCUACCUACCUACCAACACUCCUUUGACAUAUGCCGUAGCUGAUUUUGGAAAUUCCCGGAUUCUUGCUCUCCCAGAGUCUUCUACAAUUUCCCUAAUCGACCCCUCCGUUAUCUCGAGAUCCAUACCUCCGACCCCUUAUCGAACAAUUCCCAUCACGACCCUCACUCGAUAUAACUACGAUACAAUCGAAAAGAUUGAAGCCCUUGGGGGAAACGCUUUUAACAUCCUCGAUUCUACCACCCAACCUUACCAUGAGGCGUGGCACUCUUCUAUUCUUGGUGAUCAAUUUUAUAGUGAUUGGUUUCCUUGUAAAUGCCUUCAGCACCCUCAUAUCGCUACUCUUCAUAGACGGAGCCGCAGAUGCUAUUCACCGCUCCGAAAUACCUGCGCCAGGCUCAGAGAUGAUCGAGAAUCGCACACAGCUUAUUCCCAAGAUCAUUCAUCAGACAUAUAUCAAUGAGUCGAUUCCUGAGCGAUGGAAGGCGGGACAACAAUCGUGCAUUGAAUUGCACGAUGAUUAUGAAUAUAAGUUAUGGACAGAUGAAGCCUCAAGAGCUUUCAUCGCAACGGAAUAUCCUUGGUUCCUUGAUACAUUCGACAGCUACCCCUUCCCAAUUCAACGUGCAGAUUCUAUCCGCUAUUUCGUAUUAGCACAUUACGGAGGAAUAUACAUCGAUCUCGACGACGGUUGUAAACGACGUCUCGAUCCCCUCCUCAGCUAUCCCGCCUGGUUGCGCAGAACUAUUCCAACCGGAAUCAGUAACGAUGCCAUGGGUUCCGUCCCUCAACAUCCUUUCUUCCUCCGCGUCAUCGAAUCUCUCCAAGCAUACAACAGAAACUGGGGCAUGCCAUACAUCACCGUUAUGUACAGCACCGGCCCGCUCUUCCUCUCGGUCCUCUGGAUCGAAUACAUGCGAACCGUUACCGACGAAGCAGGCCGCGUGCGUAAUCUUAUGCCAGAUGAAUACAACAAGCAUGCAUGGAGUUUCUUCAACAUCGUCAAAGGCAAUAGUUGGCACGGAAAAGACGCGCAAACGAUUUUCUGGAUGGGCAAACAUUGGCUCUUGCUUACGGUCGCGGGUUUUGCGAUCGCAGGAGUUGUGGGUGGAUUUCUGUGGUUGGCGUGGAACAUGUGGGUGGUGCGAUCGGGUAAAUCGCAGAGGAGGGGAAUGGCUCUUUGGAGAAGAGUCAGUGGGAAGGAUAGAUAUGAGUUAUUGGAUCGUUCGGUGUGAGUAUAGAAUUUGGGAUUCGGAUGAGACUACUGGGGUAGUAUAUGUUAAGAUGAUAUGAUAUUUGUAAUUAUGGGAUGGGGUUUCUGGAAUAAAACAAACGGGGAAGAGGUAGAUUGUAUAAGGAUUUUAAUGGAUGAAAUGAAUUAACGGAGAAUAUUAUUACACCCCA